ACAAGGACUGAAGGAGUAUAGAUUUUGUUGUUAUUUAAAAAGAAAACAAUUAUGUGUGGGAAUUGAGUAGUGAUAUUUCUGAACCUAUUGAUGCAGAACUGAGAUAAAAAAUCAACAUGAAGAAGACGGGGGGUCCACCCAAUAAAAAGCCUAGAUACAACGAUGAUGAUGAGCCAUCCCAGUUUGAGGAUGAGCUGGCUUUAAUGGAUGAGAUAGAAAUGGAGAUGCAGGAGGAUUUUGAUGAUCAUGAUGGCCCUGCUGGUGACAGUCCUGAGGAUGUGGAUGCUCCCUCUAAGUGGUGUCGUCCUCCACUCCCAGGUAUUAAAGCCAACACAGACAAACUGGUGUUCCAACAAAUUGAUGUUGAUCAUUAUAUAGGUAAACAUUUGCCAGGUAUGCCUGGAGCAACACAGGGUCCAGUCCCAAUCAUUAGGAUGUAUGGAAUCACAGAAAGUGGUAACAGUGUUAUGGCUCACAUUCAUGGAUUUGCUCCUUAUUUCUUUGUUCCGGCUCAGCAAGGCUUCAAAAAGGAACACUGUGAACAAUUCAGGAAACAUUUAGAUACUGUUGUGAGGGGAGAUCUUCGUUCAAACAGAGAGGAGAUCCAGACUGCAGUCCUGGCUGUAGAUUAUGUAAUGAAAGAAAGUAUUUAUGGUUACCAUGGAAAUAAAAAAGUUCCCUUCCUAAAGAUAACAGUGGCCAUACCUCGCCUGAUAGCCCCAUGCAAGCGUCUGUUAGAGCAAGGGUUUACCUGUCCUGGCUAUUCCAGUCAUGGUUUCUCUGCUUUUGAGAGUAACAUAGACUUUGAAGUCAGAUUUAUGGUGGACACAGAUGUUGUGGGUUGCAGUUGGAUUGAGAUUCCAGCAGGAAAGUAUCUGAUUCGGGAGAAAAAUAAUCCUAAAUUACCUGUUAAAUCACGCUGUCAGUUGGAGGUGGACGUGUCGUGGGAGGAUUUUAUUUCACAUGUCCCUGAGGGGGAGUGGUCUGCUGUAGCUCCAUUUAGAAUCCUCAGCUUUGAUAUUGAGUGUGCUGGGAGAAAAGGAAUAUUCCCGGAGCCAGAUAAGGAUCCAGUGAUACAGAUUGCCAAUAUGGUCAUUAAACAAGGAGAGAGAGAGCCAUUCAUCCGUAAUGUAUUCACACUGAAUUCCUGUGCCUCUGUAGUGGGAUCCCAGGUCAUCAGUAACGAAAAGGAGUCCAACCUCCUUAGAAAAUGGGCAGAGUUUGUGCGAGUGGUAGACCCAGACAUAAUAACAGGGUACAACAUACAGAAUUUUGAUCUUCCUUACAUCAUUAAUCGAGCCAAUCAUUUAAAAGUGGCAGAUUUUACAUUUCUGGGACGACAGAAGGAUGUUAGAUCCGUGAUAAAAGAGUCCAUGUUCCAGAGUAAACAGAUGGGAAAGAGAGAGAAUAAAGUCAUCAACAUUGAAGGGCGAGUUCAGUUUGACCUUUUACAGAUAUUGUUGAGAGAUUACAAGUUACGUUCCUACACAUUGAAUGCUGUGUCGUUUCACUUCCUUCAAGAACAGAAGGAAGAUGUGCAGCACUCCAUUAUUACUGAUUUACAGAAUGGUAAUGACCAAACUCGUCGUCGUUUAGCCGUAUACUGCCUGAAGGAUGCCAUUCUUCCUCUGAGGCUCCUAGACAAACUAAUGUGUGUCAUCAACUACAUGGAAAUGGCCAGGGUCACAGGAGUACCACUACCAUAUCUAUUGUCCAGAGGUCAACAGGUCAAGGUUGUGUCACAAUUGCUAAGAAAGGCUAAAGAGCAGGAUCUUUUGUUACCAACCCACAAAGUAGAGACUGGUGAUGAAUAUGAAGGAGCUACUGUCAUAGAACCAGUCAAAGGUUACUAUGACAUCCCCAUAGCAACACUGGAUUUCUCCUCCCUGUACCCCUCUAUCAUGAUGGCACAUAAUCUUUGUUAUACAACACUGCUCAGUCAACACUCCAUACAGAAGGAGGGACUGACUCCAGAUCAAUACAUAAAGACACCAUCAGGAAAUUACUUCAUCAAGUCUCAGUAUAGAAAAGGUCUUCUUCCAGAAAUCCUCGAGCAUCUGCUGUCUGCCAGGAAAAAAGCAAAAGCUGAUUUAAAAAAGGAAACAGAUCCGUUCAAGAAGAAAGUGUUGGAUGGUCGACAACUGGCUCUGAAGAUAAGCGCAAACUCUGUGUAUGGGUUCACAGGAGCUCAAGUGGGAAAAUUACCCUGUCUAGAAAUCUCACAGAGUGUCACAGCAUUUGGCAGAAUGAUGAUAGAACAAACAAAGACCUACGUAGAGGAACAUUAUACUAUUGCUAACGGGUAUCAGCAUGAUGCAAAGGUGAUCUACGGUGAUACAGAUUCUGUAAUGUGUAAGUUUGGGGUGGAAACUGUUGCUGAGGCCAUGAAGCUCGGACAGGAGGCAGCCGAACUGAUCUCUGAAAAAUUCAUAAAACCAAUCAAACUGGAAUUUGAGAAGGUGUACUUCCCUUAUCUGUUGAUAAACAAGAAAAGGUAUGCUGGGCUGUACUGGACAAAUCCAGACAAACAUGAUAAAAUGGACUGUAAAGGGAUAGAAACUGUCCGCAGGGACAACAGUCCUCUAGUCGCCAAUCUAAUCAACACCUGUCUACAGCUCAUCCUCAUCAAUAGGGAUCCUCAGGGGGCUGUGGAGUACGCUAAACAGUCGAUAUCUGAUCUGCUGUGUAAUAGGAUUGACAUCUCACAGCUCGUCAUCACUAAAGAGCUGACAAAAACAGGAGAUGAAUAUGCAGGCAAGCAGGCACAUGUUGAAUUGGCGCACAGAAUGAAAAAGCGAGAUGCAGGAAGUGCACCACAGCUGGGGGAUAGAGUUCCGUAUGUCAUCAUUGCAGGCACCAAGGGUUCAGCAGCUUACAUGAAUUCAGAGGACCCCAUCUAUGUCCUGGAAAACAACAUAGCUAUAGACACUCAAUAUUAUCUGGAGAACCAGCUCUCCAAGCCACUCCUCAGAAUCUUUGAACCAAUUCUAGGCGAGAAAAAAGCAGAGUCUGAACUUCUGAGGGGAGACCAUACUAGGACAAAAACAAAGGUGGCAUCUAAGGUUGGCGGUUUAAUGGCAUUUGCUAAGAAGAAGGAGACUUGUAUUGGAUGUAGGACAGUGCUGCAGGAAGAGGGUGUGGCUGUCUGUAAGUACUGUAGACCAAAGGAGUCUGAAAUCUAUCAGAAGGAGAUCUCACACCUUAACAUUCUGGAGGAGAAAUUCUCCCGGCUCUGGACUCAGUGUCAGAGGUGUCAGGGCAGCUUACACGAGGAUGUUCUGUGUACCAGUCGAGAUUGUCCUAUUUUCUACAUGAGGAAGAAGGUGCAGAAAGACUUGGCAGAUCAAGACAAGUUACUCAGCAGGUUUGGGGAUCCCACCUGGUGAUGGUGUUAUACAUGGUGGGGAACAUGCCAAAUAAUAGUUCUCAAAACUCCAAUCAAAUAGGCUAAAAUAUUCAAAUAGCUGACUCUUACUGUUUAAAUACACAUUCUGGUGCAUCCUGGCUGAAGCACAUCUACCACCAGAAAAUUGUUUACAUAAAAAAAAUCAAAGAACUGAAAUGUGAAAAACCCAAGAUAAAGUUACCAUUGAAUCAGAUUGGUGCAGUGCUGGACAGUAUGAUGUAUUUACUAAGAAGUGAAGACUACUGUUGUGGCGCUAUGAUUUGUGACAAUUAACUGUGAUAUAAUAUCAGUGGAGUAUUCCUAAUUUUUCCACCACAACCUCAAUGAUCAUUUAAUGAAAAUCUAUCAAAUGGAUAUAUUGAUGUUGAUUUAGUAAAACCAAAUAUUCA